UGAAAGCUACGGAUCAGGUUGACUGACUGCGAUGUGUAAGAAAAACGUGAAAUUGGUGAGCUAGUAAUUUAACCGAAUUGAGGACAAUUAAAAGUAAUAGCGGUUUAUACGACUAUUCAAAAACUGUACGUUAUCUGCCCACUGUUGUGUAAAGAUCCGUUCCAUGGUAGAUAGUGCUUGGCUCGUGCUCUUGUCUUGCGUAACUUACGUUAGCUAGUAAGCUAACGUCAUACAUUUAUUAUGAGCAUGGGACCUUGAUACUUUGUCACCUUAAGCCUGUAAACUAACAAGCUAACGUUGGCGCAAUCUGCAUAUUUGGCAGUGUGGUUUGCUUAAUAUAGCUAUGCAAAUUAUUCUUAGUUGUUAGUUUGCCGUCAAUAUUGACAGCGUCACAUCAUUGUUGGUAACGAGUGUUCCAAUCCAAAGACUUGCCUUAAUUAACGGUCACUUCUAGUUGAACUUGCUCUUGCACAACCUGCAGCAUGUUUCAGUCUAUACAACGGCGGCCUAUAGCAUUAUGUGAAAUCAGUGUAUGUGCUGUUAGGCUUCAAAGCAGUAAUUCACUGAGACAGGGAAUCGGCAAGGGCAAAUCCGAAACCACCUCAUGGAUGGGACGACGCAUGGGCCUGUUGUUGUCAUGGCUCCAGAGAUCGGGGGUGGGCACGAGUGAAAAAGUGCGGUCUGACAAGAAGAAGCAAGGCCUGCUGUCAAUUUUUGCCAACCAUUGUAGCUUUGUGACCGGCCAGAGGCUUCGACGCGCUUAUCAGAUUGGAGAGCUUUACUCAAACCUGUACUCGGAGCGAACCAGGUGGACCCUGGUAGGAAGCAUAUGGCGUCGACUCCAGAGCAAGCACGCCUCCACGGGGAAGCUUGUGGCUGCACUGGCUGGUGUAUUCAUGUGGGAGGACGAGAAGGUUCGAGAUGAAGAACUACACAGAUGUGGACUAGAGCUCCAAGCUUUGGAGAAGGUGAAGAAUCUGAGUGCAUCUUCAGAAAAGGAGAAGGCUGCAGGGCAGGUGGAGACUGGCUGGGAGGUUGUCAUGGAGAAGAAUAACUUCAAAGUGUGGAGGCGGUCCAUUGAGGGAAGCCACUUGUGGGAAUACAGAGUUUUGGGUUCUUACAACGAUGUCACCCCCAGACAGUUCUUCAAUGUUCAGUUGGACACAGAGUACAGGAAAAAGUGGGAUGCUCUAGUUCUUAAGCUGGAGGUGGUGGACAGGGACGUCAACACCGGCUCAGAGGUUGUGCACUGGGCCACACAUUUCCCUUAUCCCAUGUACUCGAGAGACUAUGUUUAUGUGCGUCGCUAUGACGUUGAUGUGGAGAAUAAUCUGAUGGUCCUGAUCUCCAGAGCGGUUCAGCAUCCUGGAGUCCCAGAAACUCAGGACUACGUCAGAGUCCACUCAUACCAGUCCAAGAUGGUCAUCCGCCCUCACAAGACCUUUGAUGAGAAUGGCUUUGACUACCUUCUGACCUACAGCGACGACCCUCAGACCGCCUUUCCCCGCUACUGUGUGAGCUGGAUGGUGUCCAGUGGUAUGCCUGACUUUCUGGAGAAACUUCAUACUGCAGCCCUUAGGGCUAAGAACCUGGAGGUAGGGAUCUUCGACUAUGCCAGUGUCAUAAAGUCCAACGACACCAAGCACCAGCCCAGCCAGGACCGCCUUGGGGACAACACUCGACCUGGGCAGAUCUAUGCCUAAGGGACCAUGUCUAUUUAGCAGGGGUGGGGAGUUUGAUUUAACCUGCACCUGCUCACAUACAACAACCCUCUAAACUCUCAAGCUUUUGGACACAAGGGUUGAUGGGAUAUAAUGAAACUGGAAUAUACAUGUGUUGAAGAUAUUCAGUACUCGUUCCUCACAGACUGGUCAUUGAUAACAGAAUUGUCAUGAGAAGCAUGGACUGUACCAACAAGCGUUUGAGCCCUUCGGAGAAAGUACUCCGCUUUUGCUGCCGGGAGAAUUGCCAUUGGGACAUACUGCCUUGCGACACUUGUGCUAGACAGCAAACAUCCUCAUGCCUCCUUUUGCUAACUAGCUGCUUCACCAACUAGUGAGACUGAGCCAAAAUACUACCCCUAUAGAGAUGUUGCCAAAGCAUUGUUUCUCCCUCCAUCCACCAUGUCUACUAGUUUCUUCCAGCCACCUUGUUUGGGUCCCUUAUCUGGUCACAUCAGCACUGAAAUAUCUUGCUGUAAAGGCUUAGCUACAUAAAUACAUACCUAUAGUUAAUUAUUUUAUACAACAGAAAGAAGAUAAUCUAUAAUUAAACUCACUGUGAUAUCAGGAACUUGAACACACUUUUGAGCUGAAUGCCCUGGCAUAUUGACUUCCACAGACAACUGGAUUUAAGGGUUCUUGUGGUCUCUUUUUCACAAUUUUGGGAUUGAUGUUUUGCUCUCUGCAAAACUGAGGUUCCCACUUUUGUCGGUCACGCCUUUUCAGUGUGUGUUUUUAAACUGCCAGGUCACGACACUUCUAACAGCCUUCUGAAGAUUACCAGUGUCUUCCUGUCCACAAGGUGUCUUAUGGUAACUGCAAAAAUCCUCUAACUAUGCUUGAUGUUUUUUCACUUGCAUUGCAGUUCCCCUCCACCCGUCCAUGUUAAUAUGCCCUUAUAUAAAAAAAAAAAAAAAAACAUACAUUUUAAGCGCGUGUUUUCUUGUGCCACCUAGAACUAUCUGCAUAUGACUGAAAUAAUGUAUUUCUUCCUGAGAACAAAGUUCAAAGUUAUGGAACAGACAUUAUUAGAACCGACUGCUCGAUAGUUUGCACUACAGAGGAAUGUUUGUUUGCUAAACUGUUACUGUACCUUAACAGUGAAAGUAGUGAAACAAUUGUUCUAUUACUGAUGAAUUUUGGAAGGCAAGGGUUUAGUAAGAUCAUGUCCCCUUUGCGUGUAUGUGUAAUACCUUUUUAUUGCAUUUUUGAUUUGUUUUUUCUUCUUCUUGAUGUGUAAAUGGUUCUGCAAACUACCUAGACCUAAUCUUAUUAACUAUUUGUCUGACUCAUUGGAGUAAGGGGCAUGUGUGAAUUCUCUGCUCAGCCUGACAAUCUGGUACAAUUGAAUGAGCACCUAUUUCUGUAUAUAAAACAUUUUUUUCUGUUACUGAUA